CCUCUGCAAGCCCAUCACACGCAAACAAACGCAAGCAACCUGCACCGCAUCCAAGAACGUUGCAGCUCACCCCGAUUGUGCAGGCCCGACCUGAGGGAGCGAGGGCGAUAAGAGGGAGAGAGUGUGAGCGCGUGUGAGCGUGUGUGAGCGUGUGUGGCAGGAAACCACCCGCGAGCGUGCGAGCGUGUGGGUGGUGGAACCCAAGUUGCUUGUGGCGGUUGAGGGGUCGCUUUAGAUUCUCCGAUCGGUUUGGUUUUUUUUUUUCUUCCCCAUACCUUUGUUGCGAUCUGGAUUUCACGCUGUUAUGGGUCAGCAAGGCUCUCAGCUGCUUCGGCGGCCUGUAAAGAAGCCUGCGAAAUCAGAGGCAGCCUCGCCAUCCCAGAAGCUCUCGUGUGGCACAUAUGCCAUUCAGGGAUACCGCGCCACGAUGGAAGAUCAAGACAUGUGUGAGUUUGGCAUCUUCCACGGCGAUAAGGAAACAGGCGCCUUCUUCGUGUUUGACGGCCACGGAUCUGAGGCCGCCGCACAAAUUGUGAAAACGUACUUGCCCCGCGAACUCCGCAAGCGCUUGGACAAGAUGUCGCCUGACAGCGAAGACACGCCGGAGUUUCCCGAUCGCCUCCGCGCCGCCAUCGUGGACGCAUUCAUCCAGACCGAUGAACUACUGCGUGAAGAUCUGGGGUGGACGGAAGGCUCGAUGCACCCCGAGGAGUCUGGAACGACGGCAACGGGUGUGAUUGUGUUGCCGCACCACAUGGCCAUCGUCAACCUUGGCGACAGCAGAACCCUCCUCGCGCGGGGCCAGCAUCUUGCGUUUGAAACGCACGACCACAAACCGUCUGAGAUACCGGAGCGACAGCGCAUUGAGGCUGGCGGCGGAUUUGUCGCCGGCGAUCGCGUGUGUGCCGUCCUGGGCGUUUCCCGCGCGUUUGGCGAUUUCAUGUUCAAGGACCCGGAGGAGUUGCCCAAGGAACACCUCGUCACGUGCAUCCCGGACGUGACGAUUCUGCGCCGGGACAAGUACGACGAGUUUAUCACGCUCGCCUGCGAUGGCGUGUUUGAUGUUCUGCGAUCCAAGACCGUUAUCAACCUCGUUCGCGAGGCCCUCCUCCGCGAGCGCUCGCUAUCUGCUGUUGCGGGCGUUGUCGCCAAGGACGCGCUGUACCGCAAGAGCACGGACAACAUCUCUGUGCUGGUGCUGUGCUUUGAGGGCGCGGAGCGGCUGCAGGAGGUGACGGGCCUGAUUGACGACCUGUUCUCGGGCAUUGACGAUGGCGGUGACGGUGCUGGUGAUGGUGGUGCAGUGGCAACACCGUCAAAGGCGCCGAAGGAAGAGAGCGCCAGUGAAAUCAGGAGGGAUGUGUCAGCGAAGGACGGGGACGCUGCUGCUGCCGAGAGGAAGAAGAAGAAGAAGACAGACCGCAGCACGAAGAAGGAGAAGAAGGACAAGUCAAGGAGCAGGUCGAAGCGGACAGAAGAGGCUGCCCCAGCCAACACCUCCGCACAGCAGCCAGAGCAGCCACCACACGAGGCAGGCAGGGAAGUCCAUGUUGUGGAAGGCGGGAGCAAAGGUGAUGAUGAUGAUGGUGACAAUAAUGGUGAGGAACACCACCACCACCACCACCACCACCACCACCACCAUUGCCACGAGGGCAACGAGGAUGAUGAUGGCAGCAAGGAGCAUCACCACCAUCACCACCACCAUCAUCAUCACCACCAUGGCUCUGACGAAGGCGCAGAAGAGCAGCAAGCACGCAAUGCCGCCACCGGCACCGCCACACAACCUCAGGAGGGCUCGCAGUCCACAGCGCCAUCAUCCCGGAGCAGGCGCCACAAUGACGACAUCACGUCAUCGCGCGAUGCAGAUGACGAGGGUGACGAUGGCGACGAUGGCCCGACAAUGGCAGAGCUUGAACGCAAGUUGUCGCUUCGUGGCCGCCGCAAGAAAGAGCACAGCCGCCCGCGCGCAGAGCAGGUGUUCCAGCUUGAGCCGACAGAGGCAGACGAAGACGUCGACGUGUGAUGUGCGCGUGUGCGUGUGUGCGUAUCUGUGUGCGCAUGUGUGUAUGUGUACGUGUUGGGGGUGUUUGUGUAUGUUUGUGUAUGUUUGUGUGUUCAUGUGUACACGCGUGUACUUGAGUUGUGUCCACUGAAAUGAUGCCUGUGGCUGUACAUUGGUAGUGCUGGGUUUGUGUCGUUGUGGCUGGCUGUACAUGUGGUAGAGUUGUUCGUGGCACUACUCACCGAUUGUCUGUGUGGCAUAAUGCGCAUGUGCAUGCUCGCUUGCUCGCCUCAUGGCGUUGGGUUGUUUGUUUGUUUGAUCGACUCUGAACUGGUUCCCUUGCUGACGUGAACGACCAAAUGAACACCACUGCUGCUUCAACA